AUGUCUCUAUUGCAUAUACGUCGUGUUAUCUUUGCCCAGCAAAGUCCUAUAGUGUAUCGCCCCUAUACAACGCUACCCGAAAAAGCACAAGAAAAGGCGUUGGCAGGCUAUCGAAAGUAUGCACAGCAAUUCAAGAGCAAACCGGGAUCUUACAUGACAACAUUUGCAAUUUUACAUGAAUUGACAGCAGUUGCGCCUUUUCCAUUUAUAUACUGGGCUUUGGAUGCAUCGUCCAUCAAGAUCCCAUUUCCUGACACAGUGGUAUCUGAAGGCAACCGGUUCAUCAACAAGGCUCGUGUCUAUUAUGGGUAA